GUUGUUUUUUAGCUUGAAAUCUCAGUGCCCGUGGUAUUGAUAUCGCGGGUUUUCGUAUCAGCCUUGAAGAAUAAGCAUAAAAAAACAGAGGAGACAAUAAUAUUGAUGGUUGAGGAUAUCUUUAAAAUAAAUGAGAAUUGGUACGGUCCUGUCUCGCGACUGGUUCACUCGUAGAAUAAAUGGCUGUCCGUCGGCCAUGAUGGCUUUUAACAGGGAUCGUGUAACGCAAACAUGUAUUAACAGUGAAAUAUUUAGUUUAGUGAAUGAGUGAGGGUGUUAGAUGUAAUGGCUGAUGAACGAUGAGACCCUGAAGAAAUUAUUGCGGUGGGUGUUGAGGCCUAUGGUGGUGCCUCAAACUUCUAGGGCCCCGAAGAGGAACAAGAGGUUCCAAGCACGCCCCGGAGACCCCACUCCCCCCUCAGUAUCAUUCACACACAUUGAUAUUAUAUACAACGACAGUUUAUACAAUAUACUAUUUAUUUCGAGGGAGGGAGAGGGAUUCAAGGGGCCCGAGGUGUUACUUUAGUUUGGGCCCUAUUUUAAGUCCCUUAUUUAAGUGACGCGAGUGUAAAUAAAUAGACGUCAAUUUUUUUUAUUUAAUAGGUACACAUAUACAUAUAGGUAUAUUUUGUUGAAGCUAGGUUAUUACGUGCAUCUACACGAUGAGCAAGCUGUCGUUCAGGGCGAAGCCCCUGGACGCUUCAAAACCAAUGCCUAUUUUUAUGGCUGAAGAUUUGCCCGAUUUGCCGGAUUAUUCAGCAAUUAAUCGGGCAGUACCGCAAAUGCCAAGUGGUAUGACUAAAGAGGAAGAAAGUGAACAUCAUCUUCAAAGAGCAAUGUGCACAGGCGUAAUUAUUCCGACACCCGAAGUUACGGACUUGACCGAUGUAGAAGCUUACGACAAAAUUUAUCCUGCCGAUUACAAAUUGCCACGGCAAUUAAUACACAUGCAACCAUUUGCAAUGGAACAAGAUAUACCAGAUUAUGACAUGGAUUCCGAAGAUGAGAAAUGGGUCGGAAUACAAAGUAAAAAAAUGGACUUGACACCAUUGCAAUUUGAAGAGAUGAUGGAUAGACUUGAGAAAAAUUCAGCACAAAAAACAGUAUCGUUACAAGAAGCUAAAGCUCUGCUAAAAGAAGAUGAUGAUCUUAUUAUCGCUGUUUUCGAUUAUUGGUUAGAUAAACGUCUUAAAAAUCCACAACAUCCAUUAUUGUUGACGGUGAAAACGGAUAAUCGUCUUGGAUCUGCGGCCAACAAUCCUUAUUUAGCAUUUCGUAGGAUAACUGAAAAAAUGCAAACUCGUAAAAAUCGUAAAAAUGACGAGACUAGUUAUGAAAAGAUGCUUAAAUUACGUAGGGAUCUUAGUAAAGCGGUAACACUAUUAGAAUUAGUUAAAAGACGUGAGAAAACAAAGCGUGAACAUCUUCAUCUCACCAUUGAAGUUUUUGAAAAAAGGUAUCAAGCCGAAGAUUUCAGUGGUCAAAUAUUAGCAGAAGUAUCAGCAUUAAAAACAACACGUCCAGCAUUUGCUCCAUUAUUCACAAAUCAAUUUGGUGUACAUCAAAAUUGGUCAAAUAAAGUUUGUAAUAAAGACGAUAGUUUACAAAGAAAAGAAAAACGACAGUAUAAAAAACGAAAACAUAAAUUAGACGGUCGUAGUGGUUUAGACGAUAGUGUAUUACGUAGUGGUAGUGCUUGUGGUGUUGGUGGUAGUAAUCGUAAUUCACGUACUGGUGUCCUCGGUAGUGGGCUGGACCCGCUUGUCAGCUCUGAUGAAGAUAAUCCAUUUCCUCACACGCAGUUAUCAAUGUCUAAAGAACGUGAUGAUGAUACUGCUGAUGAGGGUCCGUUUGCAUUUAGACGCAAUCGGUAUUGCAAUUAUUUACCGCCUGUAUCAGGUGGCUAUGGUAAUUGGCCUUGGUGUAGUAAAAGCGAAGGUGGUAUUGCCGAUAAAAAAUAUAGGUUUGCGUUAACAAGUAUUAGUAAACCUACCCCAAGAUGUAUUGGUCUUGCAAGACGAAGAUAUGGACGUGGUGGAAGAGUCAUAUUGGAUCGUUAUCCUAGUGAUAUCGAUGAUAUUUGGUCAUCACUAGAUUUUACAAUACAUGAAUCAAGUCAAAAUAAUGAUUCAAUAACUACUGCCUCACCAACGACAAUAUCCUCCGUCAAAAAAGAAUGGUUACACUUUCGGCCAAAAACUCCAUUAGGCACGGAUGCAAACCAAAACGACGAGUCAACAGCGGGUUGGAGCACAUCAAGUAAUAGCAGUAGUGAAGAAUCCGAGUCUGAAAUGGAUCAUUUUUAUAUAAACAGUUCGACAAGAACAAAAAAACCAGCGUUAUCUUUAUAUCCAUUUCCUACGGAAGCAACGUCAAUAUGCGUAGACAUCGAGCCUGAUCGACCUAGUACUGAUGAAUUCUUUACAGCGGAAUUCAAUAUCUCUGAUUAUUUCACAAUUGAUGAUGAUACACUUACGGGCUUCGAUCUUGGUGUUUUAACAACGUCGUCAACAACAUCUUCGUCAACAACAAUAUCAUCAUCAUCGUCGUCGUCGUUAUUAUUAUCAUCAUCAUCAUCAUCAGCAACUUUACCACCAUCGUUAAUGAGUGAGGAGCUAGGUAGUUCGCGCUUCCAAGUGACUCCAAUAAAUAAUAAUGUGUUAAGUUGUCGUAAUCAGUGUCAUAGUGUCGGUAAAAGUGUAAAUAAUUUAUCUGGUUCUGCAACAACAACAAUAACAACCACCACAACAACAACAACAAUUACAAUAACAACAGCAACUACAACAACAACAACAACACCACCUGUAACAACAUCAACAAUAACACCUUCAACAACAUCAACAAUAACUUCCACAUCAUCAUUAUCAUCAUCAUCAUUAUCAUCAACACAAUCAUUAUUAUCAUCAUCAUUAUCGUUAUCGUCAUCUUCGUCCGCAUCAUUAUCGUCAUUGUCAUCUACUUCUAACGUUCAAUCAUUUUCCUCGCCAUUAACAACACUAUCUACUUCCUUGGUGACACAAUCCGAAAGUGGGAUAACGAAAAAUGUUAAUCAUUAUAGACAAUUAAUAAACAAUCAAUUACCAUCGUUACCAUCAUCAUCGUCGACGUCGACAACGUCGUUGUCGACAACUUCGUCGUCUAUAUUAUCGAAAUCACUGACUAGUCCAACGAGAAACUUACGAGUUACUAGUGUUACAAAUUAUGGUAAUGGCCACCAAAAUGGUCCAAAUUCGCAUAUAAUUAAUAGUAAUAGUGUUGUGAGUGGAUCAGCUGCUGUACUCCAAAAUAAUACUGGAACUUAUGUUAGUAAUAAUAUUUUACCCCAAAAACAUUCAGCACCGUCCGGUUUAUUACCUGGGUUCAUAGCUCAAACUAAACUUGCGAAUUUAGCGAGACAGCAACAACAACAACAGUUACAACAGCAACAAUUGCAACAACAACAACAAGGACAAAUACAGCAACAAAUACCUACGUCCGGGGAAAUUACGCUUAAUAGUAAUAAUAGUGAAGGAUUAAGCAUGGAAGUUGAUGGUGUGGAAGGAGCACCAUGUGAAAGUAAACAGCAGCAACAGCAACAAAUUGUACGAACUAACAAAAAUAAUUCACUUGCGAUGGAAGUGACAUGAUGCCUACUGUUGACAUCCCCAUUAUUACUUGCGUCUUGUAAUUGGGGGAUUUGCUAAUAAUUAAAAUAGCUCGAGACAUAUUUGUCUGAAAAAUAAAAAAAUAAAAAAAAAAAUAAAAAAUUACAUAAAAAAAUUAAUAAGAAUGAAACAAACAAAAUAAAAGUUGAAUGAAAGACAAAAAUCGAAUAUAAUCAACUAUAUCAUUCUCGAGGUUUUUUUUGUUUUUAUUAUUUUUUUCUAAUAAUUAACUUCGAACCGAUAAUAUAAUCAUUAAUUCAUUAUUAAUACAAAGAUGAACUAAUGGAUUGAUAGACGAAGAACAUGUCAAUUGUUUAUAUUAUUUAUUGUAAAUUGUACAAAAAAAAAAAAAACAAUGCUUAACAUAUUUUCUUCUUUUUUUCUAAGUCAAAUUUAUUUGUUUACUGUAUUGUUAUUAUAGUCAUAGUGAUUUAAAUUUGUACAGAACAUGAAAUAUAGGGGUAAUAAACUUUUUUUUGAAUCGAAAAAAUCUACUUAAUUAACAAAAAACAAAAAAACAUUGACGCUGAAAUAUUAAUUAAUAAAUUUAAAUAAGAACGUUCUAUGUGUAAACAUUUAAAGAUUGUAUAAAACUAGAAACCUAUUAUCGAUAGGGCUUAUUAAUCGAAUUGUAAUUAAACUAUUCAAAAUAAGUUGACUUUAAGAAACAUAUUUUUUAAUUAAUUAAAGACGAAAAUAAAUUUUUUUUUGUAAUCAGUUUGACAGAGAAACCUCGGAGAAAAAUUUAAAAGGACAAAGAAUGAAAAUGCAAGAAUGACGAGUUUAAUUAUAGAUGACGACUUAUAAAAUAAAAAAUAUAAAAUAAUAAGAAUACAAAUAAAAAUGAUGAAAAUCGUUGUAAAUAUAAAAGAAUACAUUACGCUUACUGUAUCUCUUAAUUAUAGGCAAUUUAAAUAAUUAUUAAUUAAUAAAUAAAUGUAAUUAAAUGUUGUGGUAGGAACACAGCAAUGUGUAAAAAACAAAACAGAAAUAUGGACUAAUUCCAAGUAAAAAGUAAAAUAUAAACAUUAAAUAGAAUACGAUUUUUAGGAGAAGUAAUAAAGAAAUUUUAUCCUUCAAAAACAAA